AUGCCAGAUGCAUCUUCAACCCCCUCGUCGUUGUCUGCUGCGGCUCAUGAGGACUUUGUCACUUUCCUCUCAGCCCGCCAUAAAGAGGUCCACCAGCAUGGAACUAUGGCGCUCUGCAUUCCCAGUCACGGUGAGAUCAGCGUUUUGCCGACCUUUAGAUGUUCUGAAACCUCUCUCCGCAACCUCUACGACAAGUAUCAAGUCGACCCAACCAUUGCUAGACGGCUUCCGAUGUACUUUCGGAGAUUGGACGAGAUGCUGGCAUCCAUUGCUGCUGUCGACACAAGGUGGAGUCUCAAGAACCAUCAUACUCUGCCAUUAAUACACACGUCGUGGUCACCCGAGGUAAUUGAGGCAAGUUCUGAAAGAGCCAGAAUGUGUGCUCGGAGAAGAUACGCAGAUGCUGUGGCUGGCUUUGCACUUGCAGCAUGCUCUCAGUUCUUUAUCGACGGUCUGAAACCUCAAGCUUACCAUGGCGAAAGCUCUGAAAAUUAUGCGAUCCAAGAGUUUCUACAUACUCACUGCACGGAUAAAGUUGGGUUCACAUAUACGCUGCUGGAGUUGGAAAGAUUGACUAUUGUCGUUCUUUUGUCCGGUUUGCGUGUCUUACUACAUAUAACACUACUAAUCUCGCUCUUCCCUGUGGUUUGCCUUCGAAUGAAAGAACCUCCGGCUCACCGAAUCAUUCCCAUCAUGGCCGAACUUACGACAGAUUUAUACAGGCCUGAGAUAGUAGACGGCAGCAGACAGUCUCUUGCUGUUGUCGAGACCUUAUCGCCAACGGACGAGCUAGUCAACGGACCCGCCCCUGAGGUCAAGAUUCUGAGCAAGAAAGAAAAGAAGAAGAAGAAGAAGAGAAUUAAAGAAGAAAGACUACUCGCCGAAUCUUCGCAAACACCACCUCCCUGUGUCAAUGGCCAAAAAACUGUCUUUGCAGAUGGAUCCGUAGCUGUCGAGUCAGUUACGGCGGCAUAUGAUCCAGAACCGUUGCCUACUGUAUCUGAGGCCAUCAUAGAAGCCGCACUACCCGAAGAUGAUCCAGUUCCAGAGGUCGAGAGCGUUUAUGAGCCAUUAUCUGAGUCUCCUCUUACAGGACACAUCAAUGGUGCCGUAGAGAUUGAUAUACCGCCGCCAGUCCCAGAUGAGCCACAAGAGGUCAUAUAUCUCCCAUUCAGCGCCCAGCAUAAGCUCAUGGUGCAUCUGCAGGAGCGCCUGGAGACUAUGUGUUUUUCUUUUGCACAGCGCGUCAUGCCGCAUGCUCUUGAAGCUCGCGGUUGGGAUUGUCCAGAAAUGGUUCAGUUGCAUCACUGGAUGGAAGAUUCUGUUUUUCAGGACUAUGCGGAGCAGAAGGUUCCUGACGUGGAACAGCGCGGUCAAAUUCUCAAUUCCGUGAUCGAAAUUCGGCGUUGCGCUGUUGAUCGCAAGCGAAUCGACACGACCGUAUUGGAUACUCUUGUUUCCUCCGCUUUGCGACUAGCCAAGCUUGUUGAGGAGGCAGCUUCAGUCGAUGAGAUUGAAAGAUUGGGCGACAACGUUGUCCAAACAGCUGAUCGGCUGGCGGAGGAAACACAGGUACUACAGGCCAGAUACGAGACGAAGCUGCAGAAAAUUGCUUCUGGCAGAGCAAAGAUCAUCAUGCUUAUACGGGGGGCAGAAUGUUCAACCCCAAAGGUAGCUCUGCCUGGAGUUUCAACCGCAAGAUCUUGUCUUGACUGGAUAAAUGACCUUGAGAGUAGCCUGGCACUUGGAGAGGAUGAUCAUGAGGACCUUUUCCGUUAG